GAGUGGGGAAGAGAAGGUGGUCGUUCCCUGAGGCAGGAAAGAUGGCUCUCUUCGGCACCCAACCUCCCUAUGUGAACCCGGCCAUCCCCUUUUCUGGAAUAAUCCAAGGAGGGCUGCAGGAGGGACUUCAGAUCACCAUUCAUGGGGUCGUCCAGUCCUUUGCAGACAGAUUCGUCGUGAACUUUCAGACCGGCUUCAGCGGAAAUGACAUUGCCUUCCACUUCAAUCCCCGGUUUGAAGAUGGAGGGUAUGUGGUCUGUAACACGAAGCAGAAAGGACACUGGGGGCCUGAGGAGAGGAAGAUGCAGAUGCCCUUCCAGAAGGAGGUGCCCUUUGAGCUUUGCUUCCUGGUGCAGAGGUCAGAAUUCCAGGUGAUGGUGAACAAGAACUUCUUUGUGCAGUACCCACACCGAGUACCCUACCAACUCGUGGAUACCAUUGCUGUCUCCGGUGCCCUGCAGCUGUCCUUCAUCACCUUCCAGCCUCAGGGCAUUCGGCCUUUCCACCAGCCGCCCAUGACUCAAACCGUCAUCCAUACAGUUCACAGUGCCUCUGGACAGAUGUUUCGUACUCCUGGAAUCCAGCCUGUGGUAUACCCCAGCAUGUCCUAUCCUAUGCCUUUGUUCACCUCCAUCCCACAUGGGCUUUACCCAUCCAAGUCCAUCAUCAUAUCAGGCACGGUCCUGCCUGAUGCUAAGAGGUUCCACAUCAACCUUCGUUCUGGGAUGGACAUCGCUUUUCACCUGAAUCCCCGUUUUAAUGAGAAGACUGUAGUCCGAAACACCCAGAUUAACAACUCCUGGGGGCCUGAGGAGCGAAAUCUGCCUGGGAAUAUGCCCUUCACUCGUGGCCAGAGCUUCUCAUUGUGGAUCCUAUGUGAAGUUCAAAGCUUCAAGGUAGCCGUGAACGGGCAACACCUGUGUGAAUACCACCACCGUCUGAAGAACUUGCCAGGCAUCAACGGUCUAGAAGUGGCAGGUGACAUCCUGCUGACUCACGUGCAGACAUAGGCAAGGUCCCUGGCUAGAGAUAAGGGCUGGGGCACCUUGUCUGUGUCUUGUCACUUCUUCUCUGUCUCAGCCCUGGCCUCCCCAAACCCACCAUCAGAAGAGCACCUCUGACUGGAGUUCUGGGAAGGGGCAACUCCCAAGUUCACUGCCCUCUACAAAGGGGGUGCCCUGGUCUAUGUGGCAUCUCAGCCACAGUCCCAUUGUUCUCAAGUGAGUUAUACACUGAGAGACGUGACCUCCGUGGGUCUGCCCCUUUCUCUGAUCUUUAACCUCUCGGGUCCUUUCCUUUACCCCACCUUCCCUUCAUCCCUCCGCAGGAAGGCCACCCUGAUGGCAUCCCACUGGCUUCCAACUGACCAGAAUGCCCUCAUCGGUUCUUCCCCACUCUUUCCCAG